UUUGAUCCCACAGUAUGGGCGAGCAACCAGCUAUGGAGCAGAUAUGUCAGUAAGGGUAAUCAGUUGCUCUGUCUCAUGCAGGCUUCAGACCAAGUUGCUGGGAACCUCCUGCAGGACACUAGACAGCCGCCUUCAGCUGCUAGCAAAUGGUCCGGCGAUCUAACUGCCGCAUUACGGCUAUGGGGCUGGUAUGACACCGAGACGCCUCAAGGUGAGGAAUGCAACUUUGAGUGGGAAGGAUUGGAGGAUGCUUUCGAAGGACUGGGCCUCAACUAUGGACCAAUGUUCGACGAAAGAAAUGAAGCAGCAGGUGGAGAGAACGAGUGCUUCUCUAUUGAGCAUUGGAAUCGUGAUUUAACCUUACCUGAAGACCCGGACCUUGACCCGAUACCUAUUGUCGAACAGAGGUACUAUGUUAACGGCAGAGAGUAUAGGGAAACAGGUGCAACCUAUCUGUUUGCCAUUAAUUUGGAGGGCGGAGCGAUCAUCGGAAAGAACAUUCUGAGUCCGCGUGCUGCUGCACGAUAUUCGUAUAGUUGGGGUCACGAAGCACGGCCUGAAGAGCUCCCUGAGCUGCAGCAUCUUUCCGACAUCUAUUGGCAAUUUUGGAGAGAGAACAACCGUGAUAUCACAAACCUUCGUGUCUAUGGCGCUGAGCAUGUUAUAAACGAACACACUCUUCUCCUUGUCACUCGCGGGUUCCGGAAUAGAGGCAAAUUUGCUUUGGAGAUUUGGCCGGGCGUCAGAUUCGAGAUGGGUAGCGAGGAGUACCUGGCAUUGAUCGCAUCUCCUAUUGGAGGGACUAUUUCCCAUUUCCUCAUCAGUCACAAAGCUGGCCUCGGCAUUAAAAGGAUCUCGAGCGUCAUAGUUGUCUGUGGCGGGGAUAAUCAAGAGCUUUGCACAAGAGGUCAGGAAAAUAUGCAUAUAUUUUUCACCAUUGAAGAUGUGCCU